ACAAGGAGCUUUCAGGCUAGCUGAUGCCAUGGAAGCAAAUAGGCCUACGUCUCACCUGUUUAGUUUAAUCCGUUUUUAUUUUGGUUUGGGUUUGAGACAUUGGGAGAUGCUAAUGUCUUUAAGUACUAUAAAUGGGAUUGUUAUCAGUUUGUCGACUUUGCGCAGGCACCUCAGGACUUUGCGGCUGUUCCGGCGGAAAGCCCAUUCUGAUCUGUUGGACAUUGUAGUGUUUCUGCAGGAUCAGUUGAACAGAUAUGGCAUGCUUCACAGUUAUAAGAUGAUGCAUCUGAAAUGCGUCCAGGCUGGCUACGUGGUGACUCAAGAGACAACCAGGCAAUGUCUGAAAAUACUGGAUCCCCAGGGAGUGCAGCUACGGCGCCGGAAUCGCCUUUGGCGACGUUUGUAUCAAAAUCCAGGCCCGAACUUUUUAUGGCAUGUAGAUUCAUAUGAUAAACUGAAACCAUAUGGGAUCUGCAUAAAUGGAUCAAUUGACGGAUUUUCACGAAUGGUAAUAUGGCUACAUGCAUUCUCAACAAAUAACGAUCCCAAGGUCAUAGCUGGAUACUUCAUUGAUGAGGUGUUAUCAAGGAAUGGGACACCUACUCGAAUUCGGUCAGACCUAGGGACCGAGAACUGUUACAUGGAGCAGAUGCAGAUUUUCAUGAGACAUGAUCAUACAGACACAUUUUCGAAGAACUGCUAUCUGUAUGGCUCAAGCAAUCAUAACCAACGGAUAGAGCAGUGGUGGGGAUUUUUAAGGAAGCAACACGCACAGUUCUGGAUGAACUUAUUUCAAGAGUUAAAAGAUUCUGACAACUUCUGUGGGGACUUCCUAGAUAAAAGUCUGAUACAAUUCACAUGUCUUGAAAUAAUAGAGAGAGAACUGCAGGACGUUGUUCACCUUUGGAACACUCACAGAAUUCGCCCAAGCAGAAAUGCUGUGUCUCCAUGUGGACGUCCAGUGAUGAUGUACACCUUACCUCAACUCUUUGGUGCUAGAGAGCACCUUAAAGAGGUAUCCCAACAAAAGAUACAGGCUUGCAGGGAGGAAUGCCUUCAGAGAGGACCAUAUCCCUGUGAUAAUACUGUUUGACAUUUGUUGCCUUGCCAUGGCAGAAAACAGUCUUCAUCCACCAACCUCUCCAGAGGAAGCUAUUGAGCUGUACAUGUUCUUACGUGCUUAUAUAC